GAUGACGAACAACAAAAUCCACCCGGUUAUGACUGAGAGACAGUCAGUUCCAAAGGAAUCCCUUACAGCCUCUCAACUGAAUGUUGUCAUUAUGGAUAUGGUCCAUGUAAAUGAAAACUGGAACAAAUGUCAACUCAUAUGUCGAGGAAACCCCAUCACGGACGCUGGGAAACGUCUACACAUGUUAAAGAUGUUGAUAGUGGUCCUGAUACCAGUGGUGGUGCUAACCGGAAUGACAGCAAAUACAUUCAUUGUCUCCCUUGACAACUACAUCAGCUUGUUAAACAUUCGGAAUAUCCUCUACUUUAGUAUUGAGUUAGGGUGGCUCUUACGUAUGAUGCAGCGAGAACGAGAUAUUAGCGCAUUGUACAUAAGUAGUAAGAGUCCCCAGACAAAGGAUUUCUUAUUAAAUCGAUACCCAGAUACAGAUAUUGGACUCCAGAAUCUGUCGUUCUGGCCUACCAGUGCCACCAUUGUCAGGACAGAAUUUCAAACAAAGGAAAGCUUUCUGUCUUAUCUGAACCGUCACCGAUAUCAGCUGGAGUCGUACAACAGAACAUCGAAGGACGAGGUAGCAUUCUACUCGGACAGCAUCGAGGUCUUCAUAAAGUGGUUGUACCAAGCAAUCGUCGAAGCUCGAUCUGGAACAGUUUGGCCCAAAUUAGUGGCGUAUCAGGAAAUCGUUGUUGCUAGUGAGUACUUCGGAAGAGAACGAGGACUAGGGGUAUCCUUUUAUGCUAUAGGUGGAUUUGCAACUCGAGACGAGUAUCUUGAUUUCGUGGAAAGUCAGGAUAUUGCAAACAUUACGUUUGAAUCUGCAAGGCGAUAUUCUGAAUUAGCCUACAGUAUUUAUGAAGAUACUCUUGUUAGAAAUUCCAGCGUAAUCCAGCCUAUCAAUGAAAUGAGAAGGGAGAUAAGGAGCAAUAAAAGUUCAGCAGUGAAGGGCUCCUUCAAAUAUGCAAACUGGUGGUUUGAAAACAUGACCGUUUACCAAGACACACUUCGUGAAGUACAGAUCCGUCUCGCUUUGGAAAUUGAUGAAAUCCUGCGGAAGGAAGCAGAGGAUGAUUUAAAAAAUAUAGUUAUCAUUUCUGUUGUGUUUGGUAUCAUCUUGAUCAUCUGCCCACUCAUCGUGUUUGCUGUAUACUCACUGACCUCAGCGAUCCAGAAAUAUUCUAUUUCAAUUGCGAAUAGAACGAAGGCUUUAAACAAAGAGAAGAAGCGGACAGACACCUUACUGUACCAAAUGUUACCACGAUCUGUUGCCGAACGGCUGAAACGAGACGAGGAAAUUGGACCCGAGAACUAUCCCGAAUCAACUGUCCUGUUUAGCGAUAUCAUGGGCUUCACACAGAUUGCUGCACAGUGUUCUCCUAUGCAAGUGGUUGACAUGUUGAAUAGGCUUUACUUGUGCUUUGACGAACGACUGGAACUGUUCGAUGUGUAUAAAGUCGAGACAAUUGGAGACGCAUAUAUGGUGGUAUCUGGCGUACCAAAGCUGAACGGGCGCCGCCAUGCUACAGAGGUUGCAUCUAUGGCUGUGGAUAUUGUUGAGCACAUAGAUCGCCUAGAAAUACCUCACCUUCCGGGAACAAAGUUUAAAUUGAGAAUUGGUUGUCACUCAGGUCCGGUAGUGGCGGCUGUGAUUGGAACUAAAAUGCCUCGUUACUGCCUCUUCGGUGUCACCAUCAAUGUAGCCUCUGCCAUGGAGUCGUUUGGAGCAGCAAACAAAAUUCAUAUAAGUGAGACAACUCGUGACCUUCUGUGUGAAUUUGGUGGGUUUGUUGUUGAACUGAGAACUGACAUCCCGGUGCAGCUGAAAACAGAGCUGGAGAACACUUUCAGAGGAGUAGUGAGGACAUACUGGUUGCUGACACGUGAGGGAAACAAUGCCUUAGCUUCCGGUAGCACAUUCUCUUCGAUCGAUUCCCAAUGAUAUUCUGCCUAUUAGUUAUUUUGAAUGUUUUUUUUUCUUGUCCGGUGAAUCCAGAGAGGAAAAGUUCCAAUUAUUCUUUCGAUGUUUACCUAGCAAUGUGUUUAAAAGAGGUCGGGAAUGACUUUUUCAUAUAUAUUGUGUCUCUGUAACAUGAUUAUUUUUUCAAAUUAAUAAAAAUCUUUUUUUUUAAUUAAAUAUGCUAUGAUUUAUAUGAAACAAUAGGCUAUAAACAACUCUCAUCACAUGGAUAAUACACAUGAUAAUAAAAUAUACACAAUGGCAUUCAUAUGGUGGUAUGGCACAAUAAUAAUUUGAAAAAAUCCGAUGUUGGAUUAGUUUCACAGAGAUGAUUAGCAUAAUGAUUUGCUACACUGUAAUUAUACCAUGUUAACACCUAUUGAAAACUCAAAGAUAAAUCCAAAGUAUAAAUCGGCAUAUUUUUGCGUACUCAAAUUUUAGCACUUCAUCAGAAAUUAACCUGAAUAGUUAAAAUGUUAAAGUGGCGCACACCAAUUUUUUGAAGAAAAAAUAAAUAAAAAAAAAAUAAAUUGAUUAAUUAAAAAUGCAAUUAUUUCGGUCACACUUUAUUACAAUGAAAACAUCACGUGUAAGAUAUCCCCCUUAACAUCAUCUAUUGUAUUCUUGUGUACAUUGAAUUAGUGUAGCUACAGCAUAGAAAACAAUCAGCUGACUAACAUAAUAAUUAGAUUAACGACCAAAAAGGAAAAUGUCUGGUCAUCACGGAAACGACAAAUGAUAUAAUCAGUCUGCCGGAGGUAUACUCAUCAGAAUCUCACACCCACACCUAAUCAAACCUCACACUCAUACUUCUAAGUAUACAGGAGGUACUCGUGUACUCAACAUAAUCUCACACCCAAUAAAACCUCACACCCACACCUCUACCCUCCAGAAUUACACGACUAGCACCUAAACAAACCUCACACCAACACUUCUCAGCAUACAGGUGUAUGUUCAGUAUAUCGGAGUUAUAUUCUUUAGAAUCUCGCACCAAAUCAAUCCAAACACCCACACUUCUCAGCACCCAGCAUAUCGGAGUAAGCUCAGUAUACUGGAGUUACACUCACCAGAAUCACACACCCACACCUCACACCUAACUAAACCUCACACCCACACCUAGUCAGACCUCACCACACUUCACAACCAACCAUACUUUAUAAUUUAUACACAUGUGGAAUUUAAAUCCGUUAUAUAGAUUCGGGAUUGUUAAAAAAAAAUGUAUUAUAUAGACUUUCAAUUUCAAAACUUUUUUACGUUUACUAGUUUGACAUAAAUCUUAUACUUGGUAAAAUCGGGUUUUCGAUAUUGCAUAUAACACACCCAUAAGGAAAAGGUUAUAUGUUUUAAUGUUCAUGAUUUAGUAUACCCAUUUGUGUUAUACUUGAAAUUAUGUGUUUAACAGAGUUAUUAUAUACAGUAGUUGAAGUUUCAAUAUAUAGUGUUGUACAGUUUUUCAUUCAUAAUUACAUAUAUAUGUUCGUGAUAUCUGACUGGUGGUUUCCAUCGUGCUAUUUAUUGAUACCUUAUUACUUUUUCGUUGUAAUAGAUACUUGAUGAAAUUAAAUUUGUUUUAAUUAAAGAUUAACAUGAAAAUAAUGAUUACGUUAUGGAAAUUUUCCACAAAAAACGGAGUGUACUUUAAAUAAAGCGGGAAGCGAUUAAUGGUGAAAGUACAAAGGAUUUUUAUUGUGUUGUGUAGCUCAAUAACAUAAGAAAAUUUAAUCUUAAAAUUAUUUAAUUCAUUAAUUUGUAAGCCAAUUAAAACGCUUGUUAAAUUAUUAACUGUUGAGGAAAAAAUGUAAGAGAAUAAAUUGAUCUUGUUUUUGAAGGAAUAUCCGGCAUCUCUGAAGAAAAGUUCAACAAAAUCUCUUCAAAAUUAUGCAGAUUCAUAAUUCAAAUUGUAUGCACAAGUUUAUAUUGUUUUCGCUUACAGCUGUGAGCGCAAUACCAAUUUCUGCAUAAAGCCCGUUGCGUGUUGUCUCCCCAUUUCAUGAUGUAAUUAUUCUCAGUGCUUUAAUUAAACUGAAUAUAAAUCAUUUUUAUUUUUAUUACCAUUUAUCCCAUAUAACAUCUCCAUAAUCUAUAACUGAUCGCAAGAUAGAGGAAUAUGUUGUCAUUAGCCUUUGUGUUUCAGCAUUCUUUAAAUUAUCAUCAAUUUACACGCAUUUAGGUAAGCGUGUUUUAUAUUUGGUAUAGACGUACGCAAACAAUUUAUUUUCUGCAUAUCAGGUGUGUAACUUGUGUGUUUGGUAUACAAUUAUGUAUGUGUGAUAAUUUACUAUUUAUAACAAUUACAAAUCAUUAUGAAUUUGGGCAUCAUGUAAAAAUAUUAACUAUGUGCUCGAAUUUAUACAAUUGAAUACUAGUAUGCGGUGUUAGCAUUGACCAAAGGUAUCAUCCUACGUGACUCAGAUGGUAGUAUCCCGUGUUAUAAAUGGACAUAUAAGCAUGGCAGCGACAGAUAUCAGCUUUCAAUAAAUCCAUUAAUAUAUUUAAAUAAGGUUCUUGCUCGAGAUAAGUAGCUGACAAAUGUUGACUAUGUAAGAUGUGUCACUUUUUUUUAUCAUGAUUCUUCUAUACAGAACCCAUCGUACAUGUAUGAAUAUAUAUUUUUGUGGUUGAACUGCACAACAAUUUAUUGACAAAACUGUUUUGUCCCCUAAACGACCUGAUAUAAUUCAAAAAGUUAUAACUAUGAUGAUGUCAAUAUAUAUUUAAAGCAUAAGUAAUGAAUUCAACAUUAAUUCCUCUGGAAAAUAAUCUAAAAAUCGGCAAAAUCACCGCUUCCAAGGGUAAUGUCAAGAGGAAAUGAUACACACAUCAAGAAACGUUCAAUACUUGAACAUUGUAUGUUGUUUUUUCAGUCACGUCGUUAAAUAUCCAAAGAUAUGCUACUUUAAGAAAUGGUAAAAAAUUCAUCUUUAUGUAACAUUAUAUGACAAAAAUUAUAAAAAAAAAAAAAAAAAGUGUAUUGACCUUUGUUGAGGGCUAUGUGGCGGCUUGGAACUGUGAUUCAAAAAAAUAACAAUGCCAAUAAGCAAGUGUUUUAUUAUGUCAUGUCAAAUUGAACCACACGAAGCGUUCUAUAUAUUGUGUUUCACUGUUCGAACUAUUUUGUCAAAUGCGUAAGUGUUGUAAUUGAAUGUGAAACUAUGUUGGUGUUUAUAUAAAAUUUGUUUUACUCAA